AUGGAUUAUUUGACCCAUUCUGAAUGCAAAGUGGAACCGUUAGAACCAGCGAUAAACAGUUACAUCCAAACAGGAUGUUGCAUUAAUUUCAGAAGGAAGAUAAAAGGAAUAUUUUUGGUAUACAAAAAACAUCCUGAAGCUCAGAAGUACUUUCCAUCCACCACAGCUCUAGAAAACGAACGAGGAAGACAUGCUUCUAAUUAUUUUUACACAGUUCAUCCAUUCAGUGUGCAUUUUAUAAUUAAAGAACAUAUGGCCACAUGGGUAGACGAAGAGGUUUCUAAUAAUCCCACAUACUUGAUAUUAGCAACCCUGGGCUACUCCAUCAAAAUUUUGUUCUUCGUUGAUGUUAACUUUGGUUUAGACUCCAGCAAUGUUGAAUUGGUAGUUUACAAUUUAUGGUUAUGGUGCGGUUUUAUGUUACAAAUAUUUGUUUUGAUUUCAAUUUUGAAAGUGAUCAAAAUUUUAACGUGUGAUAAUCAACGACAUCAGCGAUUCACUUCGGAACUUGAUCAGUACAUGACCAUAAAAGGAGUUCCACCCUCAAUCAAGAAAAAUGUGUUUAAUUAUUUCGAUCAAAAAAUUUACGGGACCCUCCAAAAACAAAGUUUUCUACAGGCGAUUCUAUCCACCAAUUUGAACAUCGAAAUUAAGGAGAACUUCGUCAAGAACCUUAUGUCGAAUGUUCACUUUCUUCAUAUUAUGCCCAAACAAUGCGUGAACAAUUUAAUGAACAAGCUAAAGUUACAAAUAUAUUUUCCCAAUGAAGUGGUGAUUAGGUGCGGCCAAAAACAUGCCCUCAACAUGUACUUCAUAUACACGGGCACAGUAGCUGUUUAUUCAGAAGAAGGGAUUGAGAUAUGUCAUCUGGAUGAUGGAUCCAACUUUGGAGAGUUGGGAAUUAUCCUGGACCAACCUCGUAAAGCCACCAUUGUAGCUGCAACUACUUGUAAACUUUACGUUUUGACAAAAACCGAUUUUAUUUGGUGUUUCCAUCAAUACCCGGGAAUUUUAGAAAAUAUAAAGCAGCAUUCCCUAAACCAAAUGGGUACCCCGAAAAUUUUGAAGACUACAGUGAAGAACAAGGAGAACGGUUCCAUCAAGAUAUCAAAGGAUUGGAACAACGAUAUCAGGGUAGAUGGGAUGAAGUCAUGA